AUGGGAAAACUUCCUCGUUUACACAAUGUGCAUUUUGCAACUAAACUCUUGAAAAUGUGGACAUUAAAUGUGUUGCUGAUAUCAGUAUUGACGACACAGAAUUAUUUUGGCAAAUGCACGUUGACAGGAAGGAGUUUGGAAGUGGUGGAGGAGUUGCAGAGGAGAAUGGUUGACGUGGCUGCAUUACAGGAGAUCAGAUGGAAGGGAGAAGGUACAAGGUUUGUGGGGGCUAAAGGUGAAAGGUAUAAGUUGUGGUGGAAGGGGGAUGAUGGUACGGGAGGAGUUGGUGUGAUGGUAACAAUCAUCUACAUUAAUACCGCGUAUUUCUCCGGCUGGCAUAAAUCACUAGUUUUAGAUCAACCUCUUGAUGGCAUUGAUCUUAUGAUUGGGAAUAUUAACAACGUUAUGAAUUGUACAAAUCUUGAUAUUCAACAAUGGGAAAAAAAGCAUGAAAUAAACAGAUCCAUGAUGAUCACAAGAGCACAACACAGAAAGAUAGAUGAAGCAGAAAAGGCAGAUUUAAAAUGUUUGCCACCACAAAUAAUUGAAGAAACUACAAAAUCAGAAGAUGAAAACAUGAACAGAACUGAGAAAAGUAAUUGCAAAAAUUUUAAAGAUAAAGGAAAGGAGAAUGAUAACAAUCAACAAAAGUAUAAUAAACCGAAAGAUGAAUUAAAAGAUAACAAUGAAGUUGAAGUAGUGGAGCAUGAUAAGCUAGAUCAAACAACAAUCAAUGACCAUGAACCGUUGAACCUGUGA